UCCCCACGGCUGCCUGGCCAAAACCAAAUCGAGGGGUGGGGCUUGCGCAGGUCCAACAUGUGCUACCUCGGGAUGUAGUGUAACAAGGGGGCUGGGGUGGGCAGAGUGGGCCUGUGAGCGGCCCGCAUCCCCCAGCUCCCCCCCGCAGCCGGCUCCACAAUGGUCCGCUCCGGUUGCCGGCUGCGGAUUCGGGUUCCGGAUGGAAGGAAGGCUGCGAGGUCUCCGCUGCUUGUUGUGGCCGGGGUUACUGCGGCGACCGCCAGAGCAGCCUUGGCGCUAUGGAGGAGCCAGGGGCUACCCCUCAGCGGUACUUGGGGCUGGUCCUGGGGGAGCUACGCAGGGUUGCGGCAGCGCUGCCUGAAAGUAUGAGACUGGAUUCGAAUCCUCAUGGUUUUCCAUGUGAAUUGGUGAUAUGUGCAGCUGUUGCUGCAUUUUUUGCUGUUCUCCUUUUUCUGUGGAGAAGUUUUAGAUCGGUUAGGAGUCAGCUUUAUGUGGGAAGAGAGAAAAAGCUUGCUAUAAUGCUUUCUGGACUAAUUGAAGAAAAAUGUAGACUACUUGAAAAAUUUAGCCUUGUUCAAAAAGAGUAUGAAGACUAUGAAGUAGCGUCAUCUUUAGAGGACGCCAGCUUUGAGAAGGCGGCAGCAGAAGCACGAAGUUUGGAGGCAACCUGUGAAAAGCUGAACAGGUCCAGUUCUGAACUUGAGCAUGAAAUCCUCUGCCUAGAAAAAGAGUUAAAAGAAGAGAAAUCUAAACAUUCUCAACAAAAUGAAUUGAUGGAGGAUAUUUCAAAAAGGAUACAGCCUCUAGCAGAUAAGUCAAAAUCCCUCAAAUCACAAGUAGCUGAAGCCAAAAUGAUCUUCAAGGGAUUUCAAAUGACUGAAAAACAACUGAAGAUAGCAAUAAAAGAUGCUUUGAAUGAAAAUUCUCAACUUCAGGAAAGCCAGAAACAGCUUUUCCAAGAAGCUGAAGUAUGGAACGAACAAGUGAGUGAACUUAAUAAACAGAAAAUAACAUGUGAAGACUCCAAAGUACAUGCAGAACAAGUUCUAAAUGAUAAAGCAAAUCGCAUCAAGACUCUGACUGAACGCUUGCUAAAGAUGAAAGAUUGGGCUGCUAGGCUUAGAGAAGACGUAACGGAUGAUGAUAACUUAGAAUUAGAAGUGAACAGUGAAUCAGAAGAUGGUGCUUACUUAGAUGAUCCUCCAAAAGGAGCUUUGAAGAAACUGAUUCAUGCUGCUAAGUUAAAUGCUUCUUUAAAAACCUUAGAAGGAGAAAGAAACCAAAUUUACAUCCAGCUAUCUGAAAUUGAUAAAACAAAGGAAGAGCUUACAGAGCAUAUUAAAAAUCUUCAGACUGAACAAGCAUCUUUGCAGUCAGAAAACACACAUUUUGAAAGUGAGAAUCAGAAGCUUCAACAGAAACUUAAAGUAAUGACUGAAUCAUAUCAAGAAAAUGAAAUGAAACUCUACAGGAAAUUAACAGUAGAGGAAAAUAACCAGUUAGAGAAAGAAGAGAAACUUUCUAAGGUAGACAAAAAGAUCAGCCAUGCCACUAAAGAGCUAGAGACCUACAGACAGCAAGCCAAAGAUCUUGAAGAAGAAUUGGAGAUAACUAUUCAUUAUUAUCAACAGCAGGUUAUUUCCCAUGGGAAAAAAGCACAUCAUAAUUGGUUGGCAGCUUGGACUGCUGAAAGAAACCUCAAUGAUUUAAGGAAAGAAAAUGCUCACAACAGACAAAAAUUAACUGAAACAGAGUUUAAAUUUGAACUUUUAGAAAAAGGUCCUUAUGUACUUGAUGUUCCAAAUACAGCAUUUGGAAGAGGCUCAAGAGGCCCAGGGAAUCCUCUGGACCAUCAGAUUACCAAGGAAAGAGGAGAAUCAAGCUGUGAGAGGUUAACCGAUCCUCACAGGUCUCCUUCUGACACUGGGUCCCUGUCACCUCCGAGGGAACAGGACCAUAGGAUGAUGUUUCCCCCACCAGGGCAAUCAUAUCUUGAUUCAGCUCUUCCUCCACAAAGGCAAGACAGAUUUUAUUCUAACUCUGGUAGACUGUCUGGAGCAGCAGAACUCAGAAGUUUUAAUAUGCCUCCUUUGGAUAAAAUGGAUGGGUCAAUGCCUUCAGAAAUGGAAUCCAGUAGAAAUGACACCAAAGAUGAUCUUGGUAAUUUAAAUAUGCCUGAUUCAUCUCUUCCUGCUGAAAAUGAAGCAACUGGUCCUGGCUUUGUUCCUCCACCUCUUGCCCCAAUCAGAGGCCCAUUGUUUCCGGUGGAUACAAGGGGCCUGUUCAUGAGAAGAGGACCUCCUUUCCCCCCACCUCCUCCAGGAACCAGGUUUGGAGCUUCUUGA